CCAGCCAGCUGUCAGAUUUGGAUGUUUAGUUUUGAUCACCAACUGUUCCUAAAGGGUUAGGGUUUCUGACUUAAAUGUCAAAAUUUCAAUUAUUGCUCUCAUUAUCUCUUCUAUAAUUACGUUGUCUGUUGGCAGGGAUAAUCUCCUAAAGUGAUAGUGAACAUGAUUGAGUUGAUAGCAAAAUUACUCAGAGGACCAGUGUAUCUCGCAGGUGAGACUGUCGAGUGCAGCGUCACAUUCAGAAAUCCUUCGCCUCCAGAAAACACGCGUUCCCAAAGCAAUAAUGAUGUUUUUGAAAACCUUGCUUGGGCAAGCGUACAGUUGCAUUGUAUCUGUGCAGUGAACGAGUCGCGGGUCGUCGGCGGCCACAAUAAGCCAGCUCUGGCCGACACCGCCACUUCGGCAUCCUCCAGCACAUCUUAUGUUCCCUUCAAAGGAGAAAGUGGUCAGAUAGUUGUUGCCACAAAGCCGAAAAUUCUUUUCUGCGAUCUGAGAUUGUCUUCUGGGGAAAGCAAAUCCUUUUUGUACACCGAGACUUUACCAAGCGAAGCACCUCCUUCUUUCCGUGGACAGGCUGUGAAAUACUCUUAUAAACUAACUGUGGGCGUUCAAAGGGUGAAUCUGCCAAUCAAGAUGUUGAGAGUACCUCUAAGGGUGCUUGUAAUACAAGGCGUUACUGAGACUUUUAUGUAUGGAGAAAAUGAAGAACUGACACCAAGCAAUCCUUUCCUUGAACACCAGCAGAAAGAGUCGACCACAGACCUAGCCCUGCAGGAACUUCAGAAUAUUACAGCAAGACGAAGUCCCAAUUUUUACAACAUCACAAACAGCAGGGGCAAGGUAGUAAGAUUUUGCCUUUUUAAGCAAGCAUACAAGCUUGGUGAAGAUAUAGUUGGCACUUUUGACUUCACUGACGCAGUGGUUCCUUGUGUCCAGCUCUCUGUUGCCCUCCAAAGUGAUGAGGAGAUUGAAGAAGGAAGACGGCGUCAUGCAGGCCAAGGCCCUUCCAUUGCCAUUUUUAGCAAAACGCACGAGGUUUGCCUUGGCAUGAACUACUCGCACCUCUGUCUGCCGAUUCCACUUCACUUGGCACCUACGUUUAGCACUGAUCUUGUGUCUCUGAAGUGGAAACUGCACUUUGAGUUUGUUAUCAGUGUGGAACCGGAAACUGAUCUUCAAGUGAUUCCUGACGAAGGCGGCCUGUGGCAAGGGCCGGCAAAUUUGCCCAUUGAGACCAUGGUAUGGGAUCUCCCUGUUACAAUUUACCCUUCAAAUCCUCAACUGGUUUCUCAAGGACUAAGAGCACAGACUAAGCAUGAGAUGAUCUUUUAAUCCUGAAAAGAAAAAAUGUGAAUAUUGUUAUCUCUUAUGUCCUUGUUAGAAUUAUGUUACCCUUUCAGUUUAAUUUUGAUAACACUGUGAGCGCUACAAACCGAAAGUUGGUCUAUGAAUGUUGGGAAAAUUUUAAAUUUAGUAUGAAAUUAGGAAUUUUAAAUACAAAAAUGUGCAAGCUUAUGCUUAAACAUUCCAAAAUGUUUAUUGAAAUAAAAUUAAUUAUGAACUGGA